GACUAUUACACUGUCUUGUAUGUAAAAUCUGAUGAUAUUGAAGAUGUUUCUGUUCCACUCGACAAGGUGAUGAAUUGCAUAACAUCUUGUGUCCACGUGGCUCAUGUCAAUGAUGUUCUUGAGCAUAAAAAGAACUUGAUGCACGUCUUGUUACUUUGCUUGUCACCUGGUUUAACAUGGACGGUCAAAGUGUCGGCAUUUCCCUCAAUCAAAGAACUCUGCUUAAGGCUCCACAGCAUUUUGGAGGACUCCAAUGAAGCCAUUCUACAGGCCAGUGCAACUUCUUUUGUUCAAGAGCUACUCACCGGUGUGGCACCCAAAAUAAUUGAGUGUGUAAUUACAAUAAAAAUUGCUCAGGUUCAUGUUGCUGCAUCAAAGUGCCUUCUGGAAAUCACUAAGUUAUGCAAACAUAUUUCAUCAGUCCACUGGACAGAAACAGGAAUAAAAGGCGAGCUUCUAAAUCAGAUUGAGGCAGAAAAGAAUGAGCAGGCAAAGUCAUUGUUGAGAAAAUGUGUUGAAAUCCUUGAAAACUUGGAACAAGCAAAUAUUCAGGAAACCUGAACAGGAUUCUGGAACUGUUCAAGACUACUGUUGUAAGGAAAACUUCACGGAGUAACUAGAAAUGAAAGCAUACGCUGAAGAAAGGGCAAAAAUGUAUGCAGCAGUCUUAUACAGAGGAGAGCCACACUGUAGAAUGCUGUUUUAUUAACCCAUCCUCUCAAGUAUCUUAGGUUCCAGUGUCUUGCUCUUGUACAACUCAUUGAAAGAAAAGAAACAUUGCCAA